AUGGCGGCGGGUCUCGGCGGCGUGGAGCAGUGGAGGCUCGAUGUUCGAUGUGUGGCAAUGGACACGCGCAGGAGGAGGACGCUGUCUGGCGGCGUGGUGGCGUCGAUGCAGAGCGGCCUGGCAAGGUAUACAAUGGUACCAGCUUCAGUAUACCUGGGUUUUACUGCGGCAAUCAUUUGGGUUGGGAAGGGCACAUAUCUUACCUCUGCUGCCCUCAGUCAUGCAAGAGACAAUAAUCUACCUGAUGGCCCGGCUGUAGGAAGAUUUAAUGGAGAGUUCUGGGGAGUGUUCGCUAGUACUCAGGUCAUUGGAAAUCUGAUCUCAUUUGUUGUACUGCGAAAUAGAAAGGGUGGCGGAACUGUAACAGGAAAAAAUCUGUUGUUUCUUGUGUUCCUUGGCUGCACGGUUAUCGGCAUUGUAUUAAUGUGUUUACUGUCCAAAAGAGAUGAGAAACAAGAUCAUUCUUCAGCACACUCAUCGUUUGGAGAUAUGUUGAAGUGUAUUGUCGCCCCUCUCAAGGACAAAAGGAUGCUUCUUUUAAUUCCUCUUAUGGCAUAUUCAGGUUUACAACAGGCAUUUGUAUGGGCUGUAUUCACAAAGAGUAUUGUGACACCUGUGCUUGGCCUAUCUGGAAUCGGCGGCGCCAUGGCAGUAUAUGGUGUAGCUGAUGUAGUUUGUUCAUUGGUUGCUGGACGUUUUACUUCUGGGCUUCAGUCAGCUACAUUUGUAGUGUCAGUUGGAGCUAUUCUUCAGGCUGCUGUCCUCUUCUGGCUGCUUCUCUUUUACCGCCCAAUGGGCAGAUUACUUGGCGCAGCGGCUCCACUAUUGAUAGGUGCCUUAUGGGGUGUUGGUAACGGAGUCCUGAACACACAGCUAAGUGCUUUACUUGGGCUGCUCUUCGAGGAUGUCAAGGCGGUUUUUGCGCAGUUUAGGGUCUGGCAAUCAGGUGCCAUGGCAGUCAUCUUCUUCCUCAGCCAAGUCAUCACACUGCAAGCCAUGCUUAUCUUGUCCACGUCGCUCGUCGUCUCUUUUGCCUCCUUCCUGACACCCCCCUUAAUUGGCUUCUUAUCUUCAAUGGAAUGA